AUGAAGUUCGCCGUCACCGCUAUCGCCACUAUCGCCGCUGUCCUCCCCGUGGCCAAUGCCUGGAUAUUCACCACAUGCAGCGGGCAGUGGGACGGCGAAGACAACAAGGGCUGCACCAAGUCCUCCUGCAUGGGCGGUGAUACCAUUGACUGGGAGAAUAACUUGUGGUCCGAUUGUGUUCUACGUGUCUACAGCGACGGCUCCUGCAGCAACCAGAUUGGAAUUGCAUCUGAUGACUGGAAUGAUCACUCUUUGAGCAAGGGAAUGGGUAGCUUCCGUGUUUCGUCUUGUGAUAGCUAG